CAGAGCCCAACGUGAGGCUCAAACUCACAAACCACGAGAUCAUGACCUGAGCUGAAGUCAGACACUUAACUGACUGAGCCGCCCAGGCGCCCCAGUCUGCAGACUCAUUCUUGACUCCGACCUUUGCGCUGGCUAGUCCCUUCUGUGGCUACUCUUCCCCUCAAUCUUGUGUGAUUGCCUCCAUUUUAUGACUCAGGCUUUAGCCCACAUAUCACCUCCUCAGAGAGGACUUCCCUGGCCGGCCAGAGGAAAAGCCGCUCGCACUGUGUGAUGCAGGCGUCUGCGGUCAUUUCCUCCUUCCUUAUAGGUGCGGAGUUGAGUGUUGUGUCUUCCCCUUCUCAAAUGUCGGCUCCAAGAGGACGGGGAAGUUUGCCUGCUUGUUCACUGCUGUCACCCGGGCUUUCUGAGAGGGCGGGGCAUAUAGUAGAUGCUCAAUAAAAGCUACUGGACUGAGGGUGCUGGGACGGGUGUAGUUCCCAGGGCCAGACACUGUCUAAAUGACCUUACGCACCCGUUAUGUAUUUACCCCUCACCUGUGGGGCAGGUGGCCACCCGCGCUGUCUCACAAAGCAUAAAACCAAUCCUAGAGAGGUCUGGCAGUUUUCCCAGGCUGCACAGCUGGCCGUGGUGGAGCUGGAAUUCAGGCGGAGCCCAGCCACCACCUCUGCGGAAGUAGGUUUAGGACCUCCAGAUCUCCAGAUGAGGAAAAGGCCAAAGAAGGGAAAGAGUUGCCUGAGGUCUAUCUGUGAAUGGCUGCCGCUGGAUUCGAACUCAGGUCGCCCUCCCCGUGCAGCCUUAAGCUCAACAGACCGUGUCUCUCUGGGGAAAGCACCCUCCCUCCAUGCUGACGCUCCAGGACCAUUAACUGGAAGAGGAGCGGGUGCGGGACGUGGGUCUCCAUGAAUAAUUGAGGGUCUCCGGCAGGUGGCCGCCCGGCAGCUGUCACCCCGGCGCGGGCGGGGAAGGGGCGGUGAUGACGUCACUUCCUCCCCCUCGGGGCCACUGGCGCGGGUUAUAAGGAGCUGCCGCGCCGUCCCGCGCGGCGCCGAGCACCCUGGUCCCGACGCCCCACCAUGCAGAGCCGCGGGCCCGCCUCCGUGCUGCUGUUGCUGCCGCUGCCCCUGCUUCUGGCGCUGCUGCCGGGGGCCGCCACCGCUGCUCCCUUGGCGCCAAGACCUUCCAAGGAAGAGCUGACCCGCUGUCUGGCAGAAGUGGUCACAGAAGUGCUGACGCUGGGCCAGGCCCAGAGAAGCCCCUGCACAGCUCUCCUCCACAAAGAGAUGUGUGAGACAGAGCCCUACGGCUGUGUGUCCACCAAAGAGAAAGGCCUACUGGUUGGGGAUUUCAAGAAGCAAGAGGCUGGGAAGAUGAGGUCCAGCCAGGAAGCGAGGGAUGAGGAAGAGGCAGCCGAGAGGGCCCACAAGUCUGAGGUGCGGGAACAGACCAUCCGCGAGCAGCUCCAUAGCCGGCUCCACCAGGAGGAGGAGGAGGAGGAGGAGGAGGAGGAGGAGGAGAGGAAGAAGAGGGGGCCCGUGGAACCCUUCGAAGGCCCGUGGAAGCGGCGCCCAGAGGGUGGAGGGGGGCCCCACAAGCGAGUGGCAGAGCAGGCCAGUGACGAGGAGACAGCCCAGUUUGAGGCCGAGGAGAAGGGUGUGCAGGUGCUGGGCGCGGGCCACGGCCUGUGGCAGGGGGCCGAGGCGGGUGGAGGAGAAAGGCACGAGGACCCGCCGCAUCACCACCGCCUCCGCCAGCCGGAAGCCGGGCCCAAGCAGGAGGAGAAGGAAGAGGCUUCCGAGAGGGAGGAGCAUGACACGGUGCGGCUGGAGCACGUGCGAGAUGAGCUAAAGAAGGCAACGGAGCUUCUGGGGGAGGAGAUCAGGAGGGAGGGAUGACCCCCGACCUCGCGUCCUCCUUCCUGACACACCCUAUGGCUUAUGACUGUUGACCCCCAAAGCUCGCCUAACACCCCACUCCGUUCCCCAGCCUGAAGGAACGGGGGGGGGGGGCAGGUGUGCCACGCGACCAGGCCCGAGGGGCCGAGUCUGAGCUGGGUAGAGGGGCUGGGCUCCAACCGACUCGGGAAACACCCGGCCACCCAAGUAACCCACUCCAACCCUGCCGAGUGAAUAAAGCACAAAGAAAACCGCUAA